AUUCUUCCGAACACAGACUCAGAGUGGAGACAGACACGCGUGGUGCGGGAUGAACGCGCAGGAUUACGCAUGCGUAACGGUGCGGGGUCGCGCGCCCUGGGGCUUCCAGCUGCGCCAAAAUGAUACGGAGCCGCACAGAUGUGUUCAGGUGCACCAGGUUGAAGAAGGCAGCCAUGCAUCCAUGGCUGGUCUGUGUGAGGAUGAUGAGCUCGUGUCUGUUAAUGGAGUAUCCUGCUCCAGCCUCAGUCUUGCAGAGGUUAUUGUUCUCAUUGAGAAAGCUACUGACUGCCUGCAACUGCUGGUAAAAAGGUACUGUUUAUUCCCUCAACAGAAGUCUCAGUCAUUUAACACCACAAUCAAGUCUUCCUGGAGGGAAUUGAGGGAACCCUACAAAUCUGAGAAUGUAGAUGAGGCACAUUAUGAAGAGACAAACAGUGAUGCAGAGUGCCCUGCAGGGAACACCAUGGUCCGAACACAGUUCUGCAUUCCAGCUCCUAAGGACAGAACUGGUCCAGACACCUGUGACUCCUAUGUUGGAACCCCCAGGUUAGAAAUCACUCCAGGAGCUGUAGUGGAAUUGCAGUUGUCACUCUCUCAGACCACCUUGGAAGACACAGGCUGUACCUCAUUAGGAAGUGCCCGGGGAGUUACAAGAGACUUGUGCCAUGAAACAAACACUGAAAAUAACACUACAACCAGUGCACCAGGCUGCUCUUUCUAUAUACCAUUGCAUGAUAGAGAGCCUCUAAGUCAGAGAGGUGUGCUUGUCAGUUCUCCCUCUGCUUUGCUGGGACAGGUGGAGGUUACUAUACAGCCAUCUGGGAGGGACUCUGGAACAAAAAAAGUGGGGGCUGGUGGGACUGAGGCAACAGCUAAUGAACAACGGGAUUAUGCGAAGGGGGAAGGAGGGCACACCAAUGAUGAUCCCACCUCCUUCUCUGUCUCCUUUGGAAUUCCAUCAGAAGAGGAGGACUCUGAGUCAGAGAGGGAGCUCAACAAGCCCAACAAGCACCGGCCAAGGCACGCCAGGCUCCGUCGAAGUGAUAGCCUGUCUGAAAAGCAGGUAAAGGAGGCCAAGUCCAAAUGCAAGCGCAUUGCCCUCCUCCUAACUGCUGCUGCCCCUAACCCUAAUAAUAAGGGGUUGUUGAUGUUCAAGAAGCAUAGACAAAGGGCCAAGCAGUACACACUGGUAAGCUACGGAACUGGUGAGAAUGAACCAGAAUUUGAGGACGAAGACGACGAAUACAGUGACAAGGAAACACAUGCUGUUGAGUUCACAGUUUUAGCCACCAGUGAAACUGACAUUGAUGAAGAUUUUUUCACAAAUUCCACAGGCCACAAAAACAUUGUAACCUUUGAUUUGGAUACUGGACUUCUUGAGAUAGAACGCAAGCUUUACAACCAAGAGGAUAUGAAUGCACUCCCUGAAACCAAGGGCAAAGGGGCCCUGAUGUUUGCACAGCGCAGGCAACGCAUUGAUGAAAUAUCAGCUGAACAUGAAGACAUGAGAAGUAAAGGGAUUCCUGUUGAAGGUAUACAGGAAGCUGAGAAAAAUUACCAACAGGAAAAUCAGCACUCUUGCAUUCAGACUAGUGGCAGCCAGAAUUACAUUGAUGUAAAUGCGCACCACCAACAGCAACACCAGCAAUAUCAAGAACAGCAUUAUCAACAGCAACAGCAGCAUCAAUAUCAAGAAUUCCAACAACAGCUGCAGUACCAUCAGCAACAACAGCAUUAUCAACAACAGCAGGAAUUCCAGCAGGGUCAACAAUAUCAGCCUCAACAGUGCCAACAACAGCAGCAGGUGCAACAAUACUUUCAUAAUUUGAAUGGUGUGUCUAGUCAGCAAACAAAUGUAGUACAAUCAUCGGUCAUUAACAGAAGUGCCAAACCAUUUUCAGUUCAGAAUACAGCAGCAGCCCCAUUUUCCCCUUCUGCAAACCAAGCACAGUCUUAUUAUUCAGAUGGACAAGGGGAACAAAUUGCAUCCAGAGAUGAGCGAAUUUCUGUACCUGCAAUCAAAACAGGACUCUUACAAGAUACAAGGAGAAAGAACAAAGCUAAACCCAUGUUCACUUUUAAAGAGCCUCAGAAAGUUUCCCCAAAUCCAGAGCUGCUGAAUCUUCUCAACAGAAAUGACAAGAAGACAGGCUUUGAUUCUGGUACAGAGGAGGAUUAUCUAAGUCUGGGGGCAGAGGCCUGCAACUUUUUACAGUCCACUAAAUUAAAGAACAAAACCCCACCACCAGUUGCUCCAAAACCACACAUACACACAGGUACUCCUCCAUGGUCACCACAACCAGAAAUUACAAGCCAGCAAUUUCAUCAGGAUGAUGAAAAUAACAUCCCUGUAACUUCCAAGGAUCCUGUCCCUGAAAUUGAUUCCUCAGCUAUACCAGAGGAAGAGACCUCCAGAGAACAUGUUACUGAUGUUACUGCUUCUUCCAAACCCCAUUCACACGUUCAAUCAGAUUCAGCCAAUGCAUGGGGUCUAUCAGAAACACAAAUACAAUCAGGUCAGCAAACAGAUACUUGGCAUGAGAGUCAAUCCCAGCCACAGUUGCUUUGUAAGUCAGAGCCAGUUGUUAGUUCUUGGGGUCCAUCUUCAACUCAGGCUCUUGAGCAGCCACCAGUACCUGCUUGGGGUUCAGCUGAGGUUCCAUCACAAGCCCUUGACCAGAAUCAGUCACAGAUGCAGCCACCUUGGGUGACACAAUCUCAAGUCCUUUCUGAAGUGCAACCACACACAGCUGUUCCAGCACAAUCCCAACCCGAGCCUUCCUGGGUGACACAAAGUCAUCCCCAACAUCAACCCCACCCUCAUUCUCAAAGUAAUACAUGGGUAACAGCCCCAUCUCAAUCACCACACCAACCCCCAUGGGCCCAAAGUCAAGUACCAGGACAGGCAUCUGUCAGUACUUGGUCUCAAGAUCUAAAUCAACCACAAAUACAGCUAUCCUGGGCCCAACAGCAACAUGAGUCUCAACCAAUACCACCUUGGACAGCCUCUCAACAGCACCCCCAGUCCCAAUGGAUUCAACCUCAGAGCCAGCCACAGCCUCAAACACCUUGGGCCUCUCAGACCCAACAGCAAACCCUGCCACAACCACCUGUAAAUACAUGGAAUCAAUCUCAAAGUCUAGCUAAUACACAGUCCCCAUGGACUCAUCAGGCACAACCUUCCUCUCAGCCUCCAGCACAAAUGCAGCAGCAACAGAACCCUUGGACCUCAGUACACCUCCAGUCACAACCACACUCCGCAUGGGUACCACAGCCUCAAGAGCAUCUACAGCAAACCAUGAAUUCAUGGGCACCAGAGCAGAACAAAAUACAGACACACUGGAAUAAGCCACAAUCUCCAGCUCAGGCACAAUCUCCAUGGUCUCAUCCACCUCAGCAACAGACACCACCACAGUCUCAGUCUCAAACAGUUUUAAGUACAUGGACACCACAAUCCCAGCAAGGUGCAGCCAUUACCAGUGGUUCUACUGAAAGUCAGAGGUUGGCUCAGCCAGUCAAACCUUGGAGUCCAUCUCGGACCACUCAACCUCCUCCUCCUCCACAUCAACUAAACUCAAAUACACCUAUAUCAAAGGGACAAUCUCACAUGCCAGGAAUGCCAAGAAUGGGUUCAGCCUCUGGAAUGGGUCCAGCUUUUGAAAUGCCAGCCUUGCGAGGGAAAGGUGCUGAACUUUUUGCUAAGCGCCAAUCCAGAAUGGAAAAAUAUGUAGUGGAUUCAUCUACAGUGCAGGCUAACAAGGCACUCGGAAGAAGUUCGUCACUCUCUCCACCAGUUAGACUGUCACCUUUGGGCCUUGGUUCCAGGUCUGCAUCAGUUUCUCCAUCACCCACACCUUCAUCUCAUGCUCUUUCUAGCUAUACCUCUCGCUUAACAGAGAGACAGGUUUUCUGGUUGGAGAAGGGACGCAAGCCACCAACCCCAUGGGAGGCAGCGUCACGUCACCCACUGGGUCUAGUGGAUGAAGCCUUUGCCCACCAGGACAUGCAGCACUCUAUUGCUUCUAAUCUGCGUUCAGCAGCCCAUCGUAAAAUGCUACCUGAACCUCCGGCUGAGUGGAAGGCCAAGGUUAGCUAUGAGCCUUCACCAAAGAGCCAGAGCUGGAGAAUGAAUCGGCCACCUUUGUCAUUUCUUUCCCCAACCAAAAGCACAGCAUCUGCCCCUGCUGCUCCUGUACCAUAUGGAUCACCUUUGAGACCUCAGCCAUCUAGAUCUUUGACUGAGGCCAGUCUUGGGUCUUCUGUGUCUGGGCUACAGUACAAAAGGCCUCUGGGACAUUCAAUAUAUAGAAGCACAUACAGUAACACCUACAGAUGGUAACAUCAUGGUAGUAUUUUUAAUAUUUGGGCUUCAAAUGUCAGUGCAAAUACAGCAGGUUCUGAAUGUCUUUGUACAGAGUUGUUUCUAAAAGUAUCCUUGAAAGAAAUUAUUACUCACAGUAAUUUCUAAAAAGUAGAAGAGCAGGUUUGAAAAGUAUUGAAAUGUCAUGUAUUGGGGGAUUUAAGAGAAGUCAGAAAGAUGGAAAUGUAAAGUGCAGAAUAAGAGUUUGCUUAGAGGCUGGUGAUGAAGCAUGAACUUCCAAAUGCUUGAAACAUUGCCAUGCUACAUUAUCAUAUUACAACACAAAAGUACAGUAUACCAUUGUCAGCUUUGCUGUAUGUUUUCAUAUGUACAAUAUUCAAUCAUAUAAAUAACUUGGCCUAUUGGUGAACUAGCAAUUGAGACUAGAUGAAAGGUUCCAUAGAAAUUGUUCCAUAUUUCCACAGCACAUCAGUGGCAUAUUAAUAGUUUCUGUAUCGCAUAAGUGGCGUGUUAAUGUGCUUUAAAAAAUAAUUUCAGUAACUGAAAUUAAUCUUAGACAAUAUUAAAUAAUGCAUUUGUUAACAUGAACAACAGAUGCUUCCAAGCUACCACUUCAAUAAUGGCAAGCACAUGUUUAGUGUUGACUAAUUAACAUUAAGUGAUGCAUUUCUUAACAUGAAUAACAUGAAUUAAAUAAAAUGACUAAAGCCUAAAAACUGUGUUUAGGAACGCUUUUUAUGUGUUGCUGAUGCCAUUGCUCAAAUAUAUUUUUUUGUUGAUGCUGAAUAGGUCAUAGGGAUACAUUUUUAUGACAUGAUUUUAAUCUUGCCAUUUUUAAUCUGUUAGCACUUUUGUUGUUAAAACAUGAAUCAAUUCUAUCUUGCAACUUAAACAUUGGUUACAUCUAUAGAAUUCGUCUACUAAAUAUGAACAACUUACCACUGUGUGUUGUUCAUACUAGCAGGUUCAUUACUUGUUAAUGUUACACAAUGUUAUUCACAGUCUUAACACAAUUUCUCACUUCACAUAGGCUUAUGUUGCAUUAAGCAUUUUUUUUUCAUAGGGUUGACAAACUUAGGUGUGGCACAGGUACAUAAGUGACAAAUUAUGUGACAAAUUAAACAAAAACCAACAUAAUGUAGUCUACAGUAUGUGUUAAUGUUUUGGGUCAACAAUCUCGCUGCACUUUGGCACGUCUCGGGAACUAUACUGGGAGGCAUAGCAUUAUUCUAAAAGAUAUUCUCUUAAUGGAUAGUUUCAGAGAGCACCGUCUAAAAUAUCAGUCUAAAAACUCAGAUAAUAAGUAUUCAGUUAGUUAAAAAUCUGGUUGGAUUUAAAUAAUUUUAAUUCUCACCAAACCAUCCAGUCCCUCCUUAAGUCAACAAGUAUGUUGGUUGAAAAUACUCCCAAGGGUAGAAAUGUUUCAGAGUAAGCGUGAUCAGUCAGAGUAACUUUGCUUUGAUUUUUAGUUUUUCUUUCCUUUAAAGAGUCAGGCAAAAUCAUAUCAGCAAAAUAUCCCACACAGUAUUACAGCCACUGUUUUCUACUUUCAAUUUGUCUACAGUCUUUAGUUACAUAAGUUACACUUUUAUUUUCUAAAUGGUGUUAUUAUUGCCCAUUUUUAUUAGGAGCUCAAAGUGACCAGUUAAGCCCCUUUUUUUGUUCAAUUCAUGUGAGUUUUAAGUUACAGCAAAUCAUGUGUUUGUGUGACAUUAUUUUAGUACACUGUAUAGUUUUUCAAGGCUGACAACUUUUUGUUUCAUUUUGUUUUGUCACAGUCCUGUUACCAGUUUCACAAAUUUGCAUGCUUUCAUACUGUGUUUAUUGCAAAAGAUUUGCAUUAGUCACUGAAACUGGCAAUGUAUUUUUUUUUUAUUUUUUUUUUUUUUUACCAAUUGUUAGUUUUUAGCACUUCCUUUGCCAGAGACAUUUGUGAGACUAUUACUUCUAAAUCCACAAUUAAAAUGAGAUUUGAAGUUCA